AGUACAAGAGAAGGCAUUGUGCAUUGUAAUAAUUUUGAAAAAGAAGAAGGAAGAUUAUAUAAGAUAAGAAAUGUGUUUAAAGAUAAUAUCGGAAAAACAAAAUGUAACUUAUGUUACAGAUUUCAUUAUUACAAGAUAUUAAGAAUCGAUGAUAGUAAUUGUGCUAUUCCAUUUUGUGGUAAACGUGUUGAUUCCGAAGACGAUGAUGAAUACUAUGAUGAAGAUCGACAAUGUUUCUAUGUUGUGCAGAAAAUGAUAUAG